GAGGAGUCUCGCUUUGGAUCCAGCCCCCUGGCCCUCCUCUCUGCCGCCUGUGAUCGGUUCGGGGCCUGGCACUACUCUGGGGAGAGCGGGGCAUUGACCACGACGACAGGCAAAUCCAUGUCAGCCCCCCUCAGGAAGCACGUCUUCAGCGGCCCCGCCCCGACGGGCUGCGAAAGCCUCCCUCCCCAGCUCUACGGCCUCUCGGACUACCCAGGCUUCGGCCCGGCCUACUCCUCCUCCUCCUCCUCCUCCUCCUCCGCCACCUCCUCCUCGCAGGGCCAGGAGGCCUCUCCUUCCUCCGGCUCCUCCCUCCUCCCUGCUGGGCCGCAGCCCCCGGCCUUGGACUGCGGGCCCCUCUACCCCCCUCCCCCUCCCCCUCCCCCUCCCCCUCCCCUGGAGCUGGUCCACCCGCCGUACCCAGGCCCGGCCUGGUUCAAGGCCUCACCGUCGCCCGCCCAGUCUCAGGCUCCAGCCGGCCCCACCUCCUGGUGGGAGGGCCAGGGCUGGGCUGAGGCCUUGCCAGCCCAGCCCGGUUACCCGCCCGGCGACUACCAGGGCUACGCGCCCGCCCAGGCCCAGGCUCCGGCCUGCGAGUGCCAAGGCUGCCAGAGCCGAGGGGUAGGCCCGGAGGCCUCUGAGGCGGGUGAGCCCAGGCCAGGGGUGCGUCGGCGAGACCCCCCAGCCCACGGCUGCCACGUGCCGGGCUGCGGCAAGGUCUACGCCAAGGCCUCGCACCUCAAGGCCCACCUGAGGUGGCACACGGGUGAGAGGCCCUUCGUCUGCAACUGGCUGUUCUGCGGCAAGCGCUUCCCGCGUUCCGAGGAGCUGGAGCGCCACGUCAGGGCUCACACAAGGGAGAAGCGCUUCAGCUGCCCCGAGUGUGGCAAACGCUUCACCCGCAGCGACCACCUGGGGAAGCACCGACGGUGCCACCCCCCGCCCCCUGCACCCCCCCCCACCGCCGACGACGACGCCAACCCCGACCAGGGGUGCGGGGAGCCUCCCGUCCUCCCCGCGGCGGCGCCCGGGAGCGGGGGAGGGGGGCCGGGGGAAGGGGGCGGCGAGGCCG